CCGCCGCCGUUGAGGGCUGUCCAGCGAUGACAGCGAUCAGGAAGCGCAUUUGACACGCAGCCCAAGAUCUCAACUACACACACAUACACAAAAACACUAUCACACACACACACACAAUACAUACACACCAAAAUCAACAACCAAAAAGCAAACAUAUUUCAAAAGUGAGGAGUAGCAACAAAUGUGGAAAAUGUUGGACACCAUGAUGGAUGCCGAGCUCUUCAUGUUCGAUUGCGACGAAUGCGCCGGCAUGCCGCUAGCCCCCCCGCCACAGUUCCUGAUACCGCCGCCGCCGCGGCCGCCGGCGCUGGCCGAGUACACUGUGGUGCCGCAGGACUGCAACGAGGAGCAACUGGCGCAGCAGCAGUGGGAGAGCGACGUCUGCCAGGCCAUACCGGUGAGUACACGAUUCAGCUCUAUACG